CCUUAUUUCUGUGAAUGUCAUCAAUUGAUCCUUCUUUUCUCUUCUCCUUCUUUAAUCAUUACUAACUUAUCAGUUGUUCUGCUAGGCUGGAUCUUUAUAUUCUUUUUAUUUGAAACCAAUCAUUCAUAAGAAGCAAACAAGAACCCUAUUCCCCCCACCCACCAGCUAGCCCCACUUUACUACUCUCACACUCUUAGCUUGCCUUUUCAUGUUUUCACACUCCACAUAAACUGUUCACUCUCCUACCUCUCUUUUUCCUAUAUAUAUUAACUGCACUUUCUCAUUUCUUGUUCAUCCAUUCCCUUUCUUGCACUAGGGAAUGAGUGAAAAAAUACACAAACUCAAAAUGUCUAGAUACCCAGUAAUACUUCUUGUUGUUGCACUUCUGUCGCUAUACCGCAUGUCAGUGGCAAUGGAGAAGAAGAAAACAUACAUCAUUCACAUGGCUAAAUCCCAAAUGCCAGCAACCUUUAACGACGACCAUGCUCACUGGUAUGACUCGUCCCUGAAAUCAGUCUCUGACUCAGCGGAGAUGCUAUAUGUUUACAACAACGUUGUCCAUGGUUUCUCAGCAAGACUUACACCUCAAGAAGCUGAAUCCUUAGAAACCCAACCUGGGAUUCUCUCUGUUUUACCCGAGUUAAAAUACCAACUCCACACUACUCGAACACCUACUUUUCUAGGCCUUGACAAAGGCGCUGAUUUCUUCCCUGAGUCAGAUGCUAUGAGUGAUGUCAUUAUCGGAGUACUGGACACUGGAGUUUGGCCGGAAAGCAAGAGCUUUGACGAUACUGGGCUUGGGCCUGUUCCCGCUUCGUGGAAAGGUCAGUGUGAGUCCGGGACCAAUUUCAGUUCAUCGAAUUGUAACAGAAAGCUUAUUGGAGCGAGGUAUUUUUCUAGAGGUUAUGAGACUACACUUGGUCCAAUUGAUGAGUCCAGAGAGUCAAAAUCAGCAAGGGACGAUGACGGACACGGAACACACACUUCUACCACAGCAGGUGGUUCAGUUGUUCAGGGCGCUAGCCUUUUUGGCUAUGCUCCUGGAACUGCUCGUGGAAUGGCUACUCGUGCAAGAGUUGCAGUGUACAAAGUUUGCUGGGUUGGUGGAUGUUUUAGUUCCGAUAUAUUAGCAGCUAUGGACAAAGCUAUUGAUGAUAACGUUAAUGUACUUUCGUUAUCACUUGGCGGAGGCAUAUCGGAUUAUUACAGAGACAGCGUUGCAAUUGGAGCGUUUGCUGCUAUGGAGAAGGGUAUUUUGGUCUCUUGCUCAGCUGGAAAUGCUGGACCUAGCCCGUACAGUUUGUCCAACGUAGCACCUUGGAUCACCACCGUUGGGGCCGGAACAUUGGACCGUGAUUUUCCGGCAUAUGUAAGCCUUGGUAAUGGUAAAAAUUUCUCAGGCGUUUCACUUUACAAGGGUAAUUCAUUGUCUAACAAAAUGCUUCCUUUUGUGUUUGCUGGUAAUGCUAGCAACGUGACUAAUGGAAAUCUCUGUAUGACGGGUACUUUAAUUCCUGAGAAAGUUAAAGGCAAAAUUGUGUUGUGUGACAGAGGGAUUAAUGCUAGAGUCCAAAAGGGAUCUGUGGUAAAAGCAGCUGGUGGGGCGGGCAUGGUUUUGACUAACACCGCCGCGAAUGGGGAGGAGCUAGUGGCUGACGCCCACUUACUUCCGGCGACGGCGGUGGGUCAAAAGACGGGGGAUGCAAUCAGGGAUUAUUUAACCUCGGAUUCUAAUCCAAUGGCCACUAUUCUUUUUGAAGGAACAAAGGUGGGAAUUGAACCGUCACCGGUUGUUGCAGCGUUUAGUUCAAGAGGCCCAAAUUCGAUCACCCCAGAAAUACUUAAACCGGAUAUCAUCGCGCCUGGUGUUAACAUUCUAGCGGGUUGGACGGGGGCUGUCGGUCCAACCGGGUUAGAAGAGGACGAUAGACGGGUCGGGUUCAACAUCAUAUCGGGUACAUCCAUGUCGUGUCCGCACGUGAGUGGCUUAGCGGCUUUGCUUAAGGGGGCCCACCCAGAAUGGAGCCCCGCCGCCAUUCGUUCAGCACUCAUGACCACCGCUUACACUGCCUACAAGAACGGCGGAGCAAUACAAGACGUCUCCACGGGAAAACCAUCGACGCCGUUUGAUCACGGAGCCGGACACGUGGAUCCCGUUUCAGCGUUGAACCCAGGACUGGUCUACGACAUAACCGCCGAUGAUUAUCUCGAUUUCCUGUGUGCAUUGAAUUAUACUCCAUCACAAAUCAACAGCUUAGCAAGAAGAAACUUCACGUGCAAUGAGAGUAAAAAAUACAGCGUCACAGAUUUGAAUUACCCUUCAUUUGCUGUGUCAUUUCCAGCAGAAUCUGCAGCUCGAACCGGGAGUGCCGGUUCAAGCUCAAUCAAGUACAGCCGGACGGUGACUAAUGUUGGACCGGCUGGAACAUACAAAGUUACUGUUACAUCACCAAGUAAUUCAGUGAAGAUUAUGGUUGAGCCUGAGACAUUGAGUUUCAGUCAGAUGAAUGAGAAGAAAUCGUAUACAGUGACUUUUACAGCUCCAUCAAUGUCUUCCUCAACUACGAAUGUAUUUGGUAGAAUUGAGUGGUCAGAUGAGAAGCAUGUGGUGGGGAGUCCAGUGGCAAUUUCUUGGACAUGAAUUAAUGGUAUCACAUAGCCUAUAGCUAUAGCUGCUGUUUAUUUUAUUGUAAGUUGUUGUUUUUUUUAUUUUAUGUUUCAUUCCGGCGCAAAAGUGGAAGCUGGGUUUCAAGUGUAUUUAUGGAUAACCUGAAGAAGUAUGUCUUUUACAAUUUCUUGCUCGCUGUACAGUGUUUGUUUCAUACCAAGUAUUGUAAGCAAUUCUAAUUGUUGAAGAAUUAAAUGGGCAUUUUUAUUUCAGUUACUGAUCA